AUGGUUAGCCAAUUCACACAAGGCCUAUUCGAUGAAAACGUCAAACGGACUCUGGGCGUAAAGCCUACUCUUAAAAUGACCCAAGUGGGCUCAAGCACCGUCAAGGUAGCUGUCUGGGACACCGCAGGUCAAGAACGUUACCGUGCACCCGUAAACUACUACUACGAUGCCGUCGCUGUGGUGGUAGUUUAUGAUAUUACUAGCCGCAAGAGCUUUGAGGAUGCGUCCAAGUGGCUCGAAGAGGCCCGCGGUAAUGCGGACCCUGGUGUGGUUAUUAUGCUGGUGGGCAAUAAGAGCGACUUGGGCAAUUUGAGAGUGGUUGAGACUAAGAGGGCUGUGAGGACUGAGGAGGGUGCUUUAUUUGCUCGGAAAGAAAAGAUUCUUUUCGCUGAGAUAUCGGCCAAGUAUACGAGCCAAGUUGAGGGCGCAUUCCAAACUCUACUGAACAUCCGAUACUACAAGUAUAAAAACGAGGUCGCCCUUCUUGUACCUACUGUUAUCAGUCUUCCGCAUUCUCAAAAUCUUGCAAUCAUUCAUCAAAUCACCAUGUCAGAUCUUCACUACACCCCAAUCAUCCUCAAAGCCGCCUCAGCCUUCUUGAUCUACGCCGGCGCCGAACAUGUAGUCCGCGGUAUAAACAAGUACCUCACCAUCGAAGAACAAGAGAAACUUCCCUUGCAAACCGUCGCAUUCAUGGAUUCACAAUAUCGCUUCCUCGGUGGAAUAUUCAUAGGCUUUGGCAUAGCGGUAGCUUGGACGGUAUCUAAUAUUCCUGCCUACUGGAUACCGCUCAAGAUCCUUCUGGGUGCUAUGAUGCUGGGUGGUGUUGGGCGAGCUGUGUCUGCUGCGGUGUAUGGAUGGAAGCCCACGUGGACGAGGCAGGCAACCAUUAAUGAGCUUAUUAUUCCGCCUGCACUUUAUUGGUUUGGGAUUCGACAGUACAUCUGA